AUGGAGGAGGAAGAAAAUGUUGUGGAUGAUCCUUUCCCUGGCAUUACUGACAUAGCACUUAUCGUGGAGGAUAGAGAAAUCCACACCGUUAAAGCCUUCUUAAUGAGUGCUUCUCCGGUAUUCAACGCCAUGUUCACCUCUGAUUUUAAAGAAAAAUCAGAACAAAGGAUACAUUCGCCAGAGAAAACGUACGAUGAUUUCGUGUUGUUUUUAAAAAUGUUACACCGCAAGGAAUACUUAGAACUGAACGACGAUUAUCAUCUUAACAAUCUCCAUAGCAACCUUUUUGACAUCAUUACAAAGUACGAUUUUCUGAUGUCAUUAGAUAACUGUGGAGCUUAUAAACGUCUAUCCCCAGAGACAAAGACAGAAAUUUUAGAAAAAAGACUAUCCAAUGUUGAAAAGAGCAUACGCGAUGCAUAUCACUGUGCAUGUCAACGUGAAUAUGCUUUGAACUGUCCCAUUGCAAAAAUAAGAGAGGACAUGUGGAUCUAUAAGUAA